AUAAUAGCGCCUGCAGCCGCCGGGUCUGCACUCACUUGGCUCUGCUCUAGCGCUGCCUCCUCCUGCCUCUCUCAUCCUCUCAGCUCAGCUCAGCAUGUCCCAGACGGGCCACAUAUUGCGAUCCACGAAUGUGGUUUACCAGUCGCACCAUGUCAGCAGGAGUAAAAGAGGGCAAGUUGUGGGCACCAGAGGGGGCUUCCGUGGCUGCACCGUGUGGCUCACAGGUCUCUCCGGUGCUGGUAAGACGACCUUAGGCUUUGCUUUGGAAGAGUACCUUGUCACUCAUGCCAUCCCCUGCUACUCUCUCGAUGGUGACAACAUUCGCCAUGGGCUCAACAAAAACCUGGGCUUCUCCUCAGCUGACCGAGAGGAAAAUAUCCGACGUAUCGCUGAGGUGGCCAGGUUAUUUGCAGACGCUGGUCUGGUCUGUAUCACCAGCUUCAUCUCACCCUACACCAAGGAUCGCGAGGAAGCAAGGAAAAUACACGAAUCCGCCGGCCUUCCGUUUUUUGAGAUCUUUGUUGAUGCCCCGCUGGAUAUCUGUGAAAGCCGAGACGUGAAGGGUUUGUACAAGAAGGCCAGAGCGGGAGAAAUUAAGGGAUUCACAGGAAUCGACUCUGGAUAUGAGAAGCCCGAGGCCCCCGAACUUGUGCUGAAAACGAAUGACCACUCUGUGAAUGAUUGUAUCCAGCAGAUUGUGGAGCUGUUGCAGGAACGGGCGAUUGUCCCAUCGGGAGCUACAAAAGAAGUCCAUGAACUGUUUGUUCCAGAGAACAAGUUGGAUGAGGUGAAGCGGGAAGCUGAGACUUUGCCGUCAGUAGAGAUCAAUAAGGUUGACCUCCAAUGGGUGCAAGUUCUGAGCGAAGGCUGGGCCACUCCUCUCAAGGGCUUCAUGCGCGAGAGGGAAUAUCUGCAGGUCCUUCACUUCGACAUUCUCUUAGAUGGAGGAACCAUUAAUAUGAGUAUCCCCAUUGUGUUACCCGUCUCCACCGAGGACAAGGAACGAUUGGCCAAUGCCGAAUCGAUCGCUCUCAAAUACAAGGGCAAGAAUGUGGCGAUUUUGCACAACCCAGAAUUUUUUGAACACAGGAAGGAAGAGCGUUGCGCCCGAGUUUGGGGUACCACUUGUGCAAAGCACCCCCAUAUCAAGAUGGUACUGGAGAGUGGUGAUUGGCUUGUUGGUGGAGAACUAGAAGUCCUGGAGAGAAUCAGAUGGGGAGAUGGAUUGGACCAGUACCGACUCACACCCCUGGAAUUAAAGCAAAGAGCAAAGGACAUGAAUGCAGAUGUCGUAUUCUGUUUCCAGCUGCGCAAUCCGGUGCAUAACGGGCAUGCGUUGCUGAUGCAGGACACCCGGCGCCACCUGCUGUCCAGAGGAUACAAGUGCCCCGUUCUUCUGCUUCAUCCCCUCGGGGGCUGGACAAAAGACGAUGAUGUGCCUUUAGACUGGCGCAUGAAGCAACAUGAUGCCGUGCUGAAGGAGGGGGUCUUGGAUCCGAAGACCACCAUUGUGGCCAUCUUCCCAUCCCCAAUGCUUUAUGCCGGACCCACCGAGGUUCAGUGGCACUGCAGGGCCCGGAUGAUCGCGGGGUCCAACUUCUACAUUGUGGGGCGCGACCCAGCGGGGAUGCCCCACCCAGAAACCAAGCAGGAUAUGUACGAAGUGACGCACGGCGGGAAGGUGUUGAGCAUGGCCCCCGGCCUGACAUCGGUCGAGAUCAUUCCAUUCAGAGUCGCCGCGUAUAAUAAAAAGAAUAAAGCCAUGGAGUUUUAUGACAAAGAAAGACACGGUGAGUUUGACUUCAUCUCGGGCACGCGCAUGAGGAAACUGGCGCGGGAAGGACAAAACCCACCCGACGGUUUCAUGGCCCCCAAAGCCUGGAAGGUCCUGACAGAUUAUUACUGCUCCUUGGAGAAGAACUGUUGACUCUGAAGCCUCGGUUGGAGACGUUGUAGCCGAGUUAUUUUAUAUCUAACAAUUCUAUUAUAUGCCAAGUAGUACACACAUUUUGUUUUAUCCUUGUUCCUUUUAAGAGAUCUUUUUGUACUUUAUAACUGAAAUGAGCCAGCAAUGUGCAAUGGAAUCGAAGGCAGAAAUUACAGGUCACAGCCUUGUCGUGCCCAAGAGCUUACACUCGUCUAUUAAUUGUGCUCUGGGACCUGUCAUGGCUAAAAUAUCUCUUUAUAUGUGAAUUCAUGGUACAGUGGAGUAUGAAGAAGCUCCAGCUACAUAUACCCGCCAUGUGCUGUCAUUGUGCAGACUAGCGAGAUUUGGGCACAAGAUCCUAUUAUUACACUUUAGAAUAUGAAUAUAUGGGUAGCAUAAGCGGGAACCAGUACAUAUUGCAUCUACAUGUGCUUGGGCUGUGCCUUCUGCUCCAAAUGUUGUGCCAAAAAUGUAAAAGAAUAGUCACGCCACCUACAGGAGAGCACGGAGCAGUGCAGCUCCAAUUUAAUGGAAGCCUCUGUUUCCAGGAUGAAAGUGGUGGCGGUAUCACUUUAAGGAGAUAUUGACGAGCCUAAUUGUGAAUGUUACAAGAUCAUAUACAGAAGUAGCACCAAGUUCAUCCCCCAAUAAGAAAUAAAUCAGUUAUAAAUAAAAGCAGCACAUGCCGACCCAAAGCAAGUGCCAUCCAUAUUUAUACAUUUCAGCUGCAGCACAAACCGACCUCAAACCUUAAAAAACACCAAGCCAGUGAUUUCAAUUUAGGAUAUUUAGGGUAGCUUCUUAAUUCUUGCGCCUGAUUUCUAUUUGCUUCUAUUCUUAAAAUAAAUGUAAUAAAUGUGUAUUCCUUUAAAUGAAUUCAUUAAAACAGGGUAAUCGGAGAAAUGACGUGGAAUAUUUAGGCUCCAGCACGAAAGUGAUUUUUGCUUUGCUUUGUUCUUACCCCGCGUCCAGUAAUAGGCGAAAAUGCUUUAAUACGAGAUUUAUUUUUAUUAUUUUUUAUCAUUGUGUGAAUUAAUGAAACCAACUUGUGUGUAACAAUGGACCAAAUAUGUGCCCCCACUGUCUGUGCCUUUUUGAAAGGGUUAAAUUGUGAAUUUGAUGUUUGGAAUUCUCUUAAUUAAAGGUGGGUCUUAAUGAAAGGGAUUUCAGCCAAUGGGGAAGCAGCUGGGAAGUCAUUAUUUCAUAGGCCACAUGGGGGCGAUAUCACACACCUCGUUGUUGACAGUUUAUAGGGGAUUCCUAUAGGGGGCGACACCUUUGCCUAAUUCUGCAAUAGAAUUUCUCAUAAAACUCUCCAUGAAGGACACAGUUUGUGAUACACAGUAAUAAUGCAGAACCUCUUGCUUUGUACAGUCCUUUGAUUACCUACAAUAAUUGGAAUAAAUUUUGUAGCUGAUUUUUUUUUUCUUUUUGUAAAGAAAUCUAUUUAUUUCCGGACAAGACGGGACUCUUGUGUCUUUUUAAACGAUUGAUAUCUUUAUGCUUCAUAAUGUGCCCAUAGAUGCGAUACGAAUGUAUUUCAUAUAGAAUAAAUAUUUCUUAUUUAA